GAAUUCUAGACGUCGCGUCGGCCGCACACGCGCUGCUCCCCCACAGCGCAAAGCCAACGCAUAGAACAACAAAAGCAUUGACAUCAAAAAACCGCCGAGUCGAAAACAGAAAGAAAUAAAAAGUAUCUCACAGAUACGCCAAAACAAAACACGUUCUCACAGUGUUGUGCGCUCGGUUCGAAAAGUGCAAAAAUGUUGAAAAAUCACUAAAACCAAAAUAAAAAUUAAAUAAAUCCACAAAAUAUAGAAAUUAAAAUAAUAAACCUCAAUGGCCGCGACACGUGUGUGCUUAAGAAAAUCACUCGCUUAAAACAAACUAUCGAACAACACAACAAAAAAACGCUGGUGAAUUGAAUUGUACACAACAAACAAAAAAUAAAAAACUAAUUGUAUUGUAAACCACAAAAAACGAAAAAAGCAUUCCAAUGUUGUCCUGUUUGGCGCCAUCGUCUUCACGUUUUGGCCAAGAGGAUAACAUUAUACAGCAGAGCAUGCCAUCGUCCACAGCCUUCUCCAUGCAGUUUCCCUCUUUGGCGUCCACUUUGCACCACCAUCAAGCACACAGCAAGCCCAGCAAUGUGGCUGCCAGCGAAGAGCAUGCCACGCAUGCAACCAGCGCCACAGCGAAUGCCGCAGAUGACUAUUUGGUCAAGUGCACGCAGUGCCACAAACGCUUCAAUGAGUUUCAGUCCCUCAGCGAGCACAUUGCCCGUGAGCAUCCGCACGACAAGCUCAACUAUGAGCCACUGCGUCAAGCUGGCGCUGCGCAGCCCGAGAGCGAUGCCGAGGAGGAUGAGCAAAGCAAUUUGAGCAGCAGCAGUCGACGCUACAACAAAUCGCCCUCAAAUAACAACAACAACAACAUUGAGACAGCCAAAAAUCAAAACAACAGCAGCCAACAGCAAUUGACAUCGCCGCUCUGCUCACCUGUUGCCCAAGCACAGCAACAGCAGCAGCCACCGCCGCCGCCCAGCGAUCUCUUUGCCCAUCUGCCGCAUCCUCCGCCACAGUUGCCCGCACAUUUGCAUGCCCAAUUCAUGGCCGCCGCCGCCUUGGCCAUGCAAUCGGCACGCUCCGCCAGCUCACCCAGCCACCCGCUACACCAUCACCAGCAACACCAACAGCAACAGCAGCAACACCAUCAGCAGCAGCAGCAACAACAGUUGCCACAGCAAGCUGGACAGCUGUUGUUGCCGCCACCGCAAACGGGCAGCAACAGCAGCGUGGGCAGCAAUUCAGCCUAUGAACUGGAUCUGAGUGCGCCACGUUCAACCUCGAGUCCGGGCUCGACAACGGGCGAUCUCAGCGCUGCCUUUCCCUGCAUGCAAUGCACAGCGGCGUUUGCCACACGCGAGCAACUCGAACAACAUCAGCUGCUGCACUCGCCCACAGGACAGCAGACGACACAGAAUGUGGCACAGACCUGUAAGAUAUGCAACAAGGCAUUCGCCAAUGUCUAUCGACUGCAGCGCCACAUGAUCAGCCAUGAUGAGUCGGCGCUGCUCCGCAAAUUCAAAUGCGGUCUCUGCGAGAAGGCCUUCAAGUUCAAGCACCAUCUGAAGGAACAUGUGCGCAUUCAUUCCGGCGAGAAGCCUUUCGGCUGCGACAAGUGUGGCAAACGUUUCUCGCACUCCGGCAGCUUCUCCUCCCACAUGACCUCGAAGAAAUGCAUCAGCAUGGGCCUCAAGCAGAACAACGGCAGCAACAGCAAUCAAAACAAUGGCAACAACUCGAAUUCCAAUUCACGGCAAUUGCUCAAGAGUUUGGAUAAAAACGGACGUUCGCCCACAGAUCAAAUGGCUGGCAAACGUGGCUGCAAGCUGCCACUGGAGGCGACGAAUCCUCUCCUGCCCAAUCCCAUGAACUAUUUCGCUGGCGAAGCACAAGUGCCACAAGUUCCAGCUGGCGCUGGAGCUGCAGCGAAUGCGGCUGCGCCGCCUUUCUAUCCCAACUACAGUGCCAUGAGCACAGCGCUGUUGGCGUUUCCCAAUGCCUUCAUGGCUGCUGCACUCGAUCCACGCAUGCAUCCCUAUAGCAUACAGCGACUGCUGGAGCUGACAGCCGCACAGCAACAUCAGCAGCAACAGUUGCAGCGCGAGGAGCAACAGCAACUCGAGCAACAGCAACACAUGGAGCAACAGCAACCGUUGUAUGAGCCCAGCAAGGAGGAGGAGGAAACGCCCGAUGAGCCCAAGCUUGUGAUGGAUCUGGAGGAGUCGGAACUGAAGCCAACCACACCAGAAUUGCCGGCAGCUGAACCCGUUGUGCCGCUGAAGCAGGAGCCAAGUCGCGAGGCGACGCCAGCGCUAUUAGAAAGUGCGCCUGCCACGCCCCAAAACAUUAAGCAGGAGGCACAAGAGCCGCAGGAGCAACAGGAGCCAGAACUGCAGCUGGAGGAGCAAGAGGAAGAGCAGCAGCAGGUGACGACGCCACAAGAGUUGCGCUGCAGUCGCUGUGCCAAGCAGUUCAAUCAUCCCACAGAACUCGUGCAGCACGAGAAAGUGCUGUGCGGUCUGAUCAAAGAAGAACUCGAGCAGCACUAUCAGCAACAACAACAACAACAGCAGCAGCAACAACUGCAACAGCAACAACAACAGCAGCAGCAACAUUCAAGCUUUGUGCUGCCCAGCGAUGCUGAGGAGGAAGAGGAAGAUGUGGAGGAGGAGCCACGUUCCAUGCAGGAUUACAACGCCGGAGGCAGCAGCGACAGCGGGGAGCGCAAAGUUCGUGUUCGCACCGCCAUCAACGAGGAGCAGCAGCAACAACUCAAGCAACAUUACGCACACAAUGCGCGUCCAAGUCGCGAUGACUUUCGCCUGAUUGCCUCGCGUCUGCAGCUCGAUGCCCGUGUCGUCCAAGUGUGGUUCCAAAACAAUCGUUCACGCGAACGCAAGAUGCAGAGCUACAACAACGAGCCACAAGUGGCAGCCACAACAACAGUUGCACCAACAGCAGCUGCAGCGCCUUCCGCUGCCGAUCAGCCGUUGGAUUUGUCCGUCAAACGCGAUGCUUCUCCGCUCUACGGACUUGCACCACAGCCCAGCGCUUUGAGUGUGCCCACAGCCGAUUUCCCCGAGAGCAUGGCCAUCAAUCUGAGCCGCAAGCUGUCCAGCUCGGCCUCGAUGUCGCCGGCCUCGUUGUCGCCCUGCUCGGGUGCCUCGUCGCUGCAACAAUCGGCAGCUGCUGCAGCCGCCGCUGCUUUGUACUUUGCGCCGCCCUCGCCACCGAGUCAUCUGCAUGAGGCAGUGCCUCCGUUGGCGCCACGCGGUCAACCCUUUGCCAACUUGCCGUCCUAUCUGAUGCCCCGACUGCCCAUGGAGGCGUUGUUCCAGAUGCGUCCCGGCGGCGAUUAUGCGCCCAAUCCGCUGAUGAACAGUAUUAAGCUGCCCGACUAUCGCGGCACCAGUUUGAGUCCCGGUGGCAGCGAGAAACGUUCGUGGCGCGACGACGAUUCACGCAUCUCGCAUGACGAUGAUUACGUUUUGGCAGCCGCAGCGGCAGCUGCAGCUGGAGCAGGUCCGGGGUGGAUUGUUGCCACCGAAACCGAAACGGGCCAAGGCCGAGACACAUGGACAUGCGGGUGAUCCUGAUCUGCCAUUCGUGUGCGAUCAAUGCGACAAAGCGUUUGCCAAGCAGAGUUCCCUGGCACGCCACAAAUACGAGCAUUCCGGUCAACGACCCUAUCAGUGCAUGGAUUGCCCCAAGGCCUUCAAGCACAAGCAUCAUCUGACGGAGCACAAGCGUUUGCAUUCCGGCGAGAAGCCAUUUCAGUGCUCCAAGUGCCUGAAGCGCUUCUCGCACUCGGGCAGCUA